AUGGCGGCGGCGCGGGCGCUGCAGCUGUCGCUGCUCCCGCUGCUGCUGCUCCCGCCCCUGCUGCUGCCGGGCCCGGCGGGGGCUGUGUGGCCGCAGCCCCAGGCCCAGAGCUUCCCGCCCGGCGGCGGCCGCUGCCCGGUGCUCGCCCGCGGGUUCCGCUUCGCCGUGGCGGACGGCUCGGCCGUGGGGCCGGGCUGCGCCGUGCUGGACGCCGCCUUCCAGCGGUACUGGCCGCUGCUCUUCGGCCGUCCCACCGAGAAUGAGCCAUCCUGGGAAACACCCUGCACCAAGCUUCUCGUCUAUGUUUCCACUCCAGGCUGCGAUGGGUUUCCCAGCCUGGACUCCAAUGAAAGCUAUAAGCUGUCUGUCUCCAAAGGCUCCAUGCUGCUCUCAGCAGAGACCAUCUGGGGAGCUCUCCGAGGCCUGGAAACAUUCAGCCAGCUUGUUGGGCGAGAUGAGAAUGGCACGUACUACAUCAAUGAGACAGAAAUCGUGGACUUUCCCCGCUUCCCUCACCGGGGACUGUUGCUGGACACCUCUCGACACUACCUGCCUCUGAAAGCUAUCCUGGAAACUCUGGACGUCAUGGCUUACAACAAGUUCAAUGUCUUUCACUGGCACAUUGUGGAUGACCCAUCUUUCCCCUAUGAGAGUUCCACAUUCCCAGAGCUCAGCAAGCAGGGAGCCUUCAAUGCCAUGACCCACGUGUACACAGCCAGUGACGUGCGCAGCGUGAUCGAGUACGCCCGGCUGCGCGGCAUCAGAGUCAUCGCCGAGUUCGACACCCCCGGCCACACCCUCUCCUGGGGGCCAGGUGCUCCAGGCCUCCUGACUCCCUGCUAUAGGGGCAAGGCUCCUUCUGGAGUCUAUGGGCCCAUCAACCCCAUUGUUAACAGCACCUACCAGUUUGUGACCAGGUUGUUCCAAGAGGUCAGCACUGUGUUCCCAGACUUCUUUCUCCACCUUGGUGGUGAUGAGGUAGAUUUCACGUGCUGGAAGUCCAAUCCAGAAAUCCGUGCUUUCAUGGUUGAGAUGGGCCUUGGUCAAGAUUACAAAAAAUUAGAGUCUUUCUACAUCCAGAGGCUUCUGGACAUCGUCUCUUCCCUUGGCAAAGGUUAUAUUGUGUGGCAGGAGGUGUUUGACAACGACGUGAAGCUGAGGCCUGACACCAUCAUCCACGUGUGGAAGGAGAACAACCUGCAGUACCUGAACGAGAUGGCCAAUGUCACCAGGUCUGGCUACAGGGCUCUGCUCUCUGCACCCUGGUACCUCAACCGCAUCUCCUACGGGCAGGACUGGAUAGAAGCCUAUAAGGUGGAGCCCUUGAUGUUUGAAGGCAGCCCUGAGCAGAAGGCCCUGGUGAUCGGUGGUGAGGCCUGCAUGUGGGGUGAAUAUGUGGAUGUCACCAACCUGACCCCCAGGCUCUGGCCAAGAGCUGGGGCCGUAGCUGAAAGACUCUGGAGCAAUGAGACUGUUGGGAACGUGCAGGACGCAUACGCCCGGCUGGCAGAGUUCCGCUGCACGCUGCUGGGGCGUGGUGUCCAGGCACAGCCUCUCUACGUCGGAUACUGUGAGCAUGAAUUUGGCGGGGUUUGAAGGGAGAGCCCCACUGCCCUGUCUCUGUGCAUGCAGGAGGAAUGUUCCCCCCUCAGAAGGGCAGAGGGACCCCUUGCCACCCCACCUUCUGCUCUGGCUUCAUUCCAAUGAACAUUUCUUUUGCCUCGGCAUGCACUUUUUACCUCUUUUUCUAUUUUUAUUUCUUUAAAUCUAUAAAUAAAUGACCCCAAAGAGGAAAAA